UGUCAGCACUGUCCCUUCUAUCAACCGCACGGUGACGUGUGCACAUGCAUGCCGCUAUGAGUCAACUCAGUCAAGACACAAUACGAGGAAAUCCCCAAUGCCGAAGAAACUACGAGUGGCCCCUUUAAAUCGACGCUUCCUCGGUGGUGUGUGCCAAGAGAGAGAGAGAGAGAGAGAGAGAGAGAGAGAGAGAGAGAGAGAGAGAGAGAGAGAGAGAGAGAGAGAGAGAGAGAGAGAGAGAGAGAGAGAGAGAGCUCUGAUAAACAACAACACUGUUCUCAGAAGCCGCUUUUACUGGAUCCAGCUCUUUACUGCAUCAUCGGUGAAGAAAAGGCUGCGAGGACUUUCUCUCUGUUAUUUCCCACAUUCUGUCGUCUGUUGUUCAAACAUUCAUUGUUGAAUGCCAUUGCGGAAGUGAGAAGCUUUUCGACACGACACAGAGCUUGGGUUGUGCGGACAUCUAGCGGCCAAUACGGUGAAGGAGCCUUCUAGAGAUGUACGGAGCUUCAGGUAUCCCAGAGCUCAUCCAGCCCAGCGGGCCGCCCCGGCAGCCGGGUCCGGCUGGGCAGUAUAACCCGGGACACCCCCAGGUCAACGGCGACGGCGGGGGAGCCAACCCUCAGAGACUCGGACAGAGGGCACCCAAGCUGGGGCAGAUAGGUCGAACCAAGAAAGUGGACUUGGACGAUGAAGACUUGGAUGACAUCAUGAACAACAACGGGCAGUGUCCUGUAUCCCUGUCGCCCAUCUCUUAAACUUCACCAAGAAGUGCCAACAAACAACAGAAAUCUCCCAGGAUGCCAAAACUCCCCGUCAGUGAUCUUGGCCUUUGAUCCUGUCGUGUGUCCUAUACUGAAGCCUCUGAUGGGCUCAACCAGGCACACCCAACGGCUCAUUUAGCAGCAGCUGAAGCCUAUAGGCCCUGACUGUACAUAGUGUUUAUUUAACUUACCUUUGGUCAGACUGUGAAUAGAUUGUACUGCAUCGCUCUCUACUCUGUACCUCGGUAGGCAGUAGAUUAUCAGCACUGGAGAGAAAGAUUUGAAAGGAAGUGUCUAUAUUUUUCAGAGCUACUUAACAAGGGCUACAUUUCUAAAGUUGCACUGAGCGAACGGUUCGAUGAGAAGCAGCCUUCGCCCUGCCUGGUUUAUUUUUAUUUUUUUUUCCGGUGAAGGUUUCUGAUUGUCUGCAGGGUUGGUUGUGUGUGUGGGGAGGAGGUGAGGGGGGGAGAGAACACACGCCUGUUAAUGUGUAACACACAGGUGGAAUGUUAAGCUUUGGUUGUGCAAUGACUAUCACUCAUCUCACACUGAUGCAAGUGGUGUACUAAUAUCCAUUGGAUAAAAAGCUCGCUAAUUACAGAAAGGAGGAAAAAAAAACUACUGCUAAUUAUUUGUUUGAAAAAAAAAUGAGAAGAACACGUGUUGUUAUGGCUUCUACAUGUUUUUUACUCGUUUCUGAAUGGAAAUUGCUUCAGUCAUCUAGAACUGAGAUUUAUUUAUGUUUCCAAAUGGUGCACUUUGUGGGAAUGCCUGUUAUGUGCAGUGACAUGUUGCAGAAUUCUAUGCAUGGAGUCUGCUUAAAAAAAAAAAAAAAAAUCAUCAAAACACGUAACUGGUAUCCUGUUAUUAAAGGGCUAAAUGUUAUAGUAUUUGAAAUCACACCACCGUGAUGCUCUUUAGAUCACGCAGAGUCAACAUUUUUCCUAAGCUUAUUGUUGGCUUGGGCUGCAGACUCUUGCAGUAAAAUAUCGUAAACGACAGAUUUAUGGAGGGGUUUUUAUGUUUGGUUUUUCAAAGGCAGGGUUUCCCAGUCGGCCAGACAACUGUGAUUAAAGACGUGUACAAUUCUAAUUCUUUGUAAUCAAUUGCCAAGUGAUAUUUAACGCUGUAUCAGGUUGCUAAUUAAAAUGGAUCCGCACGCAGACAUGUCAUAAUGAGCAGCACUUAACUUUGUAUUCAUAUUUACAGCAGUAAUCUGCUUGUUAAGCCACACCCAGAUGGCGUCAUAGUGUCUUUUUUUUUUAAGGUUCAGGUGAACACUUUUUAAAAGAUAAUGUCCUCCUUUACUUAAUUGCAGUAUGAGAUCAUGAAAACAAGCAGUUGUCUGUGAUUAGCUCUCACCGCUGAGACAAUCUGAACACUGGUGUUUUUUGGGGUCAUUUUUAAAAGAUUGCAGUGGACCUUGGGAUGACAUGCUAUUGUCUGUAAAGGCUCAUGCUGAUGUCAUGUUACUUAGUUGGCUGUGAAGUUGUUACUAGUUCACUUUUACUGUUUUUUUUUUGUUUUUGCUUCACGGAAGCACUGCAUUUCACAGCCCAUUCUCUGACUCAAAGGGUGUUGUUUGGGGUCGUGGCUACCAUCUGCAUGGAAAUGGUCAACUUUUCAUAAUGCAUCUUGGGAAAUAAAAGAUGAAUCUUUUGUGGAA